AUGGACAGCGCAUUUCAACGUCCCCGCCAGAGCAGGCAGCCCAUCGUGCUCACCGCCCUCGGCACUCUCGCCGCCGCAUUUCUCUUCUGGGCUGCCUUCCUUCGGCCCACUCCCGUCCCUGCGGUCCCUGUCGUCGCCAAGGCUAUCGCCGUUUUGAAAGGGGAGUCUGGUGCGAGUGGCACCAUCACGCUCACCCAGGCAUACCCCGGCGCACCCGUGAACGUGAGCGGUGAGCUAUACGGCUUAGACCCACGCGCUCUUCGUGGAUUCCACAUCCACACGGCGGGCGACUUGUCUGCCGGAUGCUUAUCCGCUGGCCCCCACUUCAACCCACUGGGACAGACUCAUGGAGCACAGACUGACGCAGUCCGGCAUGCGGGCGAUUUGGGAAACAUCGACACCGACUCCGAAGGUGUUGCACAUGUAUCCCUCGAAGACAGCAUCAUCUCGUUGAACGGCCCGAUGAGCGUCAUUGGACGGGCCAUCGUACUUCAUGCCGGCCAAGAUGAUCUGGGCAAAGGCGGCAAUGAGGAGUCUCUCAAGACGGGAAAUGCUGGCGCGCGCGCAGCAUGCGGUGUCAUCGGGAUUGCCGAGUAG